CGAACAGAGAAAGAGACAGAGAGAAGUGAAGCAAGCAAACGAAAAUACAAAGUGGAAGUUAGUGCAAACAGGAAAUGAAUAUGCAAAGCAGACAAAAAGGGGAUAUGAAAAAUGCAAAUAACCAAUUGCUAGAGUUCAAUGGAAAAUUCCGUUAAAAUCGAAUGUGUUUACACAGCAGUAGCAGCAACUGCAUGCAUAUGACAGCGAAAUUUACAAAAUCGCAUGCACACAUACAUAUGUGAGGCACUGUAUGCACUGCUAAUUGCGCACCGUAGCACACAUAAAAGGAAUCGAGCCAAAGGACGAGCGGAACGAGCUCGAAAUCAUUUCGAAAAUAUGCAUUAAAAAUAGAAAACCAAACAGCAAAAAAACAGACAAAGAGUGAAAGAGAUAGAGAGAGAGACCAAAGUGAUUGCCAGUGUUAAAAUUGAUUUUUGCGGUUUUGCUAGCAACGGAAAUUACACGUAUAUGGCUGCAAAUCGUUGCGGCUAAUAUCGGUAGUGCGGUUAUAGUUUACAGCCACAAGCAUAAAUACGGCAAGGGCAAUAUAUAAAUAACAAGGAAUAAUGAAAAUGCACUCGCCAAUAAUUAAAUACUCACAGCUCUUGAUGCUCCUCGGCUUAGCCUGCUUAACAACUUUGCCAGGGCUUGCUGUGGGGCUACGCAAUGUAAAUGUUCGCAUACCGUCGGCUGUUAAGCGCGGCGAUAAUGCGCUCUUAAUCUGCAAUUAUGACUUGGAAAACGAGACGCUCUAUGCGGUGAAGUGGUACAGAGGCCGGCGCGAGUUCUAUCGCUAUACGCCCAAAGAGAAUCCGGCCUGGAAGAUAUUCACCAAAAGGAAUGAAAUUGAUGUGGAGACCACACAAUCGAAUGCCAGUCAUGUGCUUUUGCGCAACGUGCCCACCUCGAUUUCCGGUAAAUAUGCCUGUGAAGUCUCCGCAGACGCGCCCACAUUUGACACCUCCCUUGUGACCGCCGACAUGGAAGUUGUGGAAUUGCCCACCCAGCGGCCCAUUAUAACAGGCAUACAUAGUCGCUAUCGUCUAGGCGAUAUUAUGAAUGGCAACUGCUCGUCUGACUACUCAAAGCCCGCUGCCAAUCUCACCUGGUGGAUAAACGAUAUACAGGUGCUACCAAAUUAUUUGCGUGUCUAUGACGUGCAGCGACAUCUGGCCGAGCACUUGGAGUCGUCAGUGCUUGAGUUGAAUUUUGUAGUCACUACGCAUCAUUUCUUCAAGGGACGCCUUAAGCUCAAGUGUUCGGCUCGCAUUCAUAAUAUUUAUGCACAGGAGAGCGAGAAGCUUAUUGAGGAGGAUCGUCCACGUAUUUUGGCUUCGGGACGCUCACCGGACAUGAACAUGUAUCCCUUCGAUCAUCCAAGCGACAAUGACUUGACUAAUGAGCAGUUCUUAAAGACUAAAAAUGCUGCCGCAUCGCAACUCCAACUUAAUAGUCAACGAUGCCAAUUGAUGCUGCUAGUGGGUCUAAUGCUUACAGCUCGACUGAACAACAACAUCGGGCGACGGUGAUGAGCUUGCCCCCGCCCACCACUUCAUCAGCAUUGGACUUCAGCAAGACAUCUAAGAACAAUUAUAUAAAAUCAUAUACUUAUAGCAAAUCGUAAAUUAGUAAAUAUUGUGUCAGUAACUAAACGUGUUUAGCGAAUGUUUGUUGUGCGUCAUAGACAGAGAGAGACAGAGCUGCCCCUCUAGAUUAAAACUCACACCCAUACACAUACACAUACAUACACACAUAUAUAUAAAAAGCAUUACAUAAGCCUAAGACUCAAUUUUGAACAUGUUUUGCUCAUCGCAUAAUCCUUGUUACACUCUCAGCCGUUUUCAUGCCCUAAAUCCUAAGAAGUUUGUAAAUACAGAAAACCUUUAACACUAAGCUAACCUACCUAUUUAAUUAUUAAAUUAAAUUACGUCAUGUGGUUUUUAUUGUGUGUGUUUUAUUAAAUGGUUUGUAAAACUUAUGUGUGUAAUUGUUUAACAACUUGUGGUUUCUAGGUACUAAAUUGUUCGUUUUUUGGAAAAACUGUACAACCUAAUUAAUUAAUUAAGUACUACUACUUAGCCAAUGUUCUGUAAGUGUGAGUUGUGACUUCUGUUAAAACAAAAACCAAAAUCAAUGUAAAAACGAUGGCAGCCAAAUAAAGUGUAUUUGA